AUGGCAAGGCAAUCAAGUACAACUGGCAAGAAAAACAAAGCACCAGGAAAGAAGAAGACAAAAGUUGCCGCAGCAAAGCUUGAGACGCUUCAGAAACAGAGUGCUGUCAAUCGAGAUGCUUAUGGCCGCCCCGCACGUACACGCCGAAAGUAUAAGGGAUAUGUCAAGAAUGGAAGACAAUUUCUUGCAGAGGUCAUCGAGGAAAAGAAGAAGGAGAGGGAGUCAGGCAAGCCUACCUUGAAUAACUCAGAUGACGAAGAAAUUGACCUCGACAUCCUCGCACGUGCAUUCAAUGGCCCCCCAAACGAGCUCUCUGCCACGGCUCUCGAAUAUUUCCUUGUCCAAAAGUGCUGCACGGAGGGCCUUGGUAUGAGCACAGCAUGGGGAAUUCACGGUGCAUUUUGUGAUUUAUGGGACCACUGGGAUGGGACCAAGUAUUCAGGUGAUUACGCAUACGACAAAGAAAAAAACAAGGUGACAGGAUGCCCAGGACGAGCGCCAGUCGUGCAGAGCCUGAUGAAAGUAAUAAAGAAUAAGAGCGGAGCAAAGGGUGCUGCUGCUGGACGCCACCAUGCCAAGGCAAUGAGAAUUGAGGAGCUUCGAGCUGUGAUGGAGUGGUCUGAAAAACGCCGUGCAGAAAUGAGGGUCGACACUUCUCUUGAUGACCACGACCAUGCAAAAUUGUUGGCGAAACAUCUUGAAAUGGAGGCUUUCUUAUGUAGCGGAUAUACUCUGUGGACCCGUGAAAUUACUAGGAACUUUGAGCUGUGUAAUCUCCAGUUUCGAGACAUCGUCUUUGACUGUAGUGGUCCCGCACCUCUGUCUCAUCCCUUCUUCUCUGUGUUCCUUGAAAAUCAAAAGGGGUGGCAGAACAAGCAAGGAUGGGAUGGCCCUCUCGAGAGUAACACGUACCAUAUCUACAAGCAGGAUUUGACUGAGCUUGACAUGUUUUCUCGACUUCCGGUGUGGGUAGCCCUUCUUGAACAAAAGAUUGGGCGGAAGGUCGAAGAUGAUGACUAUGUCUUCCCUUACAUUGCACCGAACGGCAUCCUCCAUCCAAAGAAAGCGCUCUCCCACAACCAGGUGCAAUGCCUCCUUACGGAAUUCUGUCAGGGAGCGGGCCUGGUGAAAAACUUCACAACUCAUUGUCUCAGGCGUGGCGGAGCACAAUACAGGUUCAUCCACGCACCAAUCGGGAAGCGGUGGUCCCUCACGAUCAUUCGAUGGUGGGGUGGGUGGGCAGAGGGCGAGCAGGUGGAUACAUUAAUGAAAUACCUGAUUGACUCUCUUCAAAGCUACGAGAAGAGUUAUUGUGACAUGCUCUGUCCCACGUGCCUGGAUACGGAGCAGAGUUUCCUGGGUGAACACCAACUUUCUUGGAAUGUAACUCUGGGUGACAUGAAUCUUAUGGGUGAGGCACUGCUGAACGCAAUCAGGGCGCACUCACCACACACCGCACCAUCCCCAGAAUGCCAUGCAUCAGAAUAUACACGAGUUACAGCGCCUCGUGCAUGUGAGACUACUGAACUUGCGAUGCGAGCAGAGCUGAUGAGGCCCGCCCACCGUGUAUCUGUCAUUCACACAGACCCAGAGGCAUCCAACAAUAAUCCCAACAAGGAUGAUGCACCUGCAUCAUCCUCUCAUGCGAAGAAGCAUCCUCAUUCAAAGGAGCGUCCCACGCCAUAUCCGAUUGCAGGAGCUUUGAUUCCGAACCUUCGCAGAGGACCCCGAGCUUGGCGACAAGCGGUUGAACAGUGGGAUGAGGGUGUUCCAUCACAAGGGGUUCCUCCGUUGAAGGAUUGGCCGUCCGGUUGGUACACGGGAAGGAUGUGUUUGAUACAUGGUGCUAAAAGAGGAGAGCGUGAGAUGAUUGCUAAGGAAUACGAAAGGUUUUCCAUUAAUAACGUUGCUUCCAUUCUUGUACCAUACAUCGUGCUCUUGGGCUACAGUUAUCUGUAUUGCAAAAUAAUCAGUAGUGGUGUAAUGCUUGAACACCGUUGA